ACUCCAGCGGCUGAGGCUCGGUGAGACCGGAGGAGGGGUUUGUUUGUGUCCGCGUCCCUCAGCGGUGACCGGAGCCCGUUAACGGCUCUCGCUUCCUCCGGUCGUUGGAGCCGUGGAGCGUUUUUGUGGAGGUCAAGCUCUGCUCUUUUUUUCUCCGUGAGCAUCUGUUCAUUUACGACCUACUGGAUGCUGGGAGUCUCGUUCGCCUCUGGCAGCUGAAGAUGAGGUUACUAUGGAAACAGUUUUUGCUGCUAUCAAUCAUGGAGUAUCUUACAGAAUGUCUAGAUUAUAAAUCGUUCCAUGGGCCAAAAUGGCGAAUGGAGCCCAGUGAUUUGAUGGUUCCUGUGGGUUUACCUGAAGAAGAGGCCACGCUCACCUGCGAUGCUAAAGGCCUCCCUUCUCCUCAGUACAGGUGGUCGCUGAACGGCACACUGAUUGAUCUCAGGGCCGACCAACGCCGUCGGCUGUCUGGGGGGAACCUGGUCAUUAGGAGUCUGGAGCGGGCCCAGGACGCGGGAAUCUACCAGUGCACUGCCUUCAACCCGCUGGGAGCCAUUCUCAGCAGGAGAGCCAGCCUCCAGUUCGCAUACUUGAAUUUCAAAACUCAGACGAGAAGUGCUGUGUCAGUGCGCGAGGGCCAAGGAGUCGUUUUACUAUGUGGUACGCCUACAUACGCAGGAGACCUGUCCUUCGCCUGGGUGUUCAACGAGUACCCGUACUUUGUCCAGCAAGACAACAGACGUUUUGUCUCUCAGGAGACGGGAAACCUUUACAUCGCUAAAGUGGAGCCGUCGGACGUGGGGAACUACACCUGCGUGGUGGUAAACCGCAUCACGAAGGGCAAAGUGCUCAGCUCUCCUACCCCUCUGGUGCUGAGAACAGACGGAGCGAUGGGUGAAUACGAGCCCAAAAUAGAAGUUCAUUUCCCCGACAUGGUUCCAGCCGCCAAAGGAUCUGUCGUUACGCUGGAGUGUUUCGCUCUGGGAAAUCCAGUUCCCGAGAUCACGUGGAGAAGGGCUAACGGAGUUCCGUUUCCCAGCAAAGUGAAGAUGAAGAACUCCAAUGUUGUUCUGGAGAUCCCCAGUUUCCAGCAGGAGGACGCAGGGGGCUACGAAUGUGUGGCAGAGAACAAGAUGGGCAAGAACACCGUGAAAGGACGGCUUUCCUUCCACGCCAAACCUCAGUGGGUGCAGACCAUGCGGGACAGUGCCUUGUCGAUCGAGGAGAGGUUGUUUUGGGAAUGUAAAGCCAACGGCAAGCCUAAACCCUCCUACAGCUGGCUCAGGAACGGAGAGCUGCUCGCCACAGAGGACAGGAUUCAGAUAGAGAAUGGAGCUCUUACUAUAGCCUCAGUCAAUCUGUCUGACGCAGGCAUGUAUCAGUGUGUGGCGGAGAACAAACACGGCAUCAUUUACUUCAGCGCUGAGCUGGUUGUGCUGGCUUCACCACCGGACUUCUCCAGGAGCCCGCUGCGGGCGCUGCUCAAAGCAAAGGCCGGCAGCGCGGUGAGCAUGGCGUGCAAACCCCAGGCUUAUCCUACUGCUAUCAGCACCUGGAGGAAAGGCAAUGAAGUGCUGCAGAGCACAGAGAGAAUAAGUCUUCUCCCUGAUGGAACGCUAAGAAUCAUAAAUGUGACCAAGAUGGAUGGGGGCAACUACACAUGCCUGGCUAGAAACCAGUUUGGGACGGCAAGCACCACUGGAAGACUGCUGGUCACAGAUCCCACACGGAUCACCCAGGGCCCAGCGGAUAUGGAGAUCAUAGUGGGGGAGAGCAUCGUGCUGCCCUGCCAGAUCGCAUGUGAUCCUGCUCUGGACGUGUCCUUCUCCUGGGCGUUCAAUGGCCAGCUCCUCAACAAACUGGACCCCCACUAUGAGCACGUCGGUGGGAGUGCAGCUGGAGAUUUAAUGAUACGAAACAUUCAGCUGAAGCAUGCCGGGAAAUACGUCUGCGUCGUCGACACUGAUGUGGAGAGCCUGUCUGCAGCUGCCAUUUUGAUUGUAAAAGGUCCCCCUGGAGCUCCGGACGGUGUAACGGUGGAGGAAAUCACCGACAGCACGGCGCAGCUCUCCUGGAGGCCCGGCCAGGACAACGGCAGCCCCAUCAUCAGCUACAUCGUCCAGACCAAGACAGCUUUCACCGUGGGCUGGCAGGCAGUGAACACGGUCCCUGAGGUGAUUGAUGGAAACACGUUGACAGCCACAGUGGUGGACCUGAACGCGUGGGUGGAGUAUGAGUUCCGCGUGCUGGCCAGAAACAGCGUUGGCGUAGGGGAACCAAGCCCGGCCUCGCUCAAGACCCGAACUGAGGACGCAGUUCCCGAUACAGCGCCGGCUAAUGUUGGAGGUGGAGGAGGCUCGAAGUCGGAGUUGGUAAUAACAUGGGAGCCCGUGCCCGAGGAACUGCAGAACGGAGAUGGCUUCGGCUACAUCAUUGCUCUGCGGCCGCUGGGAGAACUCACGUGGACGCAUGCUGUGACCUCGGCGCCGGGCCGCUACGUCUAUCGGAACGAGAGCAUCCCGCCCUUCUCUCCAUUUAAUGUAAAAGUGGGUGCCUACAACGUGAAAGGCCAGGGACCCUUCAGCCCUGUCACCACAGUGUUCUCAGCAGAGGAGGAGCCCAGUGGAGUGCCGGGGGGCGUGUGGGCUCAGAGUAUUUCUGCCUCUGAAUUUGAAGUGAGCUGGCAGACGCUCUCUGACUCUCCUGAAAGAGUUUUGGGCUACGAGGUGGUGUACUGGGAGGAUGAUACUAAGCCAGAGACAAUGGGGAAAGUGCGAGUGCCUGCGAACCAGUACACAGUGAACAUCAGCGGCCUGAAGGGAUACACUCAGUAUUUCUUGACAGUGAGCGCCUUCAACACGGCAGGCACCGGACCACGCACCCCCACUAUCAACGUCACCACUAAAAAGUCUCCACCAGGACAACCACCUCUGAAUGUGGAGUGGAACCUGAUUGGCUCUAAACUGACUGUCCACUGGGACCCUGUAGUCACCAUGGAGAUGGAGUCAGAGGUCACUGGCUAUCAGGUAUCUUACAGGAGGAACAGACAUAGAGAAAUAAACACGGUGACUACUAACCUGACUUCAGUGGAGAUCAUCCUCCCUGCUGACGACGAUUAUACCAUCCAGAUCUGCGCCCUGAGUGAUGGUGGAGAAGGCAUCCCCACUGAGCCCAUCAACAUUCAUAAACUAAGUAUGAGCGUACGGGGGUCGAGAGCGUGGCGGCCGGCCACCAUUCCACUCUCCCUGCUUUUUAUCAUCGCAUUAACCGCCAUGAGGCCAACUUUGUGAAAACGUUCGUUAGGACUGCCCACGCUUCUCUUCGUUUCAUCGUCUGUGCUCUUCCUUCCUUUAAAAUCACGGGGAGAUGUGCAUCGGCUCCUUUUUCGACGCAAGAUUGUUGUUCCCAGCCAUCCAGUCGAGCGGUCCUGAGGGGAGAACGGCGAGCCUGGAAGUCACUGGGUAGUGCGUGCAUGUUAUGUACAGUGUAUCAUUGUCUCACAGCAAAGGGACAAAACAAGACUGAACAGGUUGGGGUUGUACUUUUUUUCGGGUGAUGUACGAGGGAUGUCGUGACUUUGUAUGCACUACUUUCCCCACAGGUCUCCGUGACCCUUGAGGAGAACAAAAAUGCCUUACUUCCAUGUACAUGCCAAAGUAGUAGAUGUCCUUCUCAUGUGCUUCUCUUCUUGUUGCUAAGCUACCGUCUGUCCAGAUGUCUGCUUUUUAUUCCUUUUUGAUAUGAAAUCUCGAUGUUAUUCAGUGUUUUUGUAGGGUAUGAUCACAUAUCAUUGAUGUUUGGCAGCCUCAGCGUACUCAUUGAUGGAAGAUGAUUUGUCGCUGUGCCUUCUAUACAGUAGCUACAUAUCGAUUUCGUUUACCUUGCAUCAUCAAGCCUUUACUAUUCAUAAUGACCGGAGCGUCUCGUUGUCAUUCGAGCGGAUUUGUUAUGGUGGGGUGAGUUACGAAGCCCAUCUGACCUGCAGCUGCGAGGGUUAUGUUUCUGCGUUGUGAACUGUGUAAUUGGGUUUUGUCAACAUGUGAAAAUGUAACGUUUAUGCGGCCGAAUUUAUUAUUAGCUUACAGGAUGUCGUUUCUGUUGAUGGCACUGGAGUGUCAUUAUAAGCUGAUAAUAAGAUGUUAUUUUUCAAAGCUACGGUACAUCUUAGGGCUUCGGUCUAGCAUUUUUCAGUCUUCCUGAGAGGAAACUGUUCAGAGGGCGUCCUUCAUGAGGGACGACUGAAAAGCUAAACUAGUUUUUUUCCACAAGCACUUGGCUUGUUGUGCGAGUCUCUGGAGAAAGUUAGCCAUUUGUUAUCCAACAUCAGUGAGCGUUUUACCUCUGAAGAGUUUCUGCUGGAGAGCCUCUGCUCACCUUGGCCGGCUGAAUCAGGGGAGGUUUUGCAGGAACAAAAACCUGCUCGCUCACUCAGAAACGAUGACUGCUGUCUCAGGGCCAGACUACCGUGGAGGUUUAAGCCGUAGACAUAAUAGAGGCUGUGGUUUAAAGCACGGCUCGAGCACUGCGCUCAUCAUAAUAGGAGAUAAAGAUUACAUGCAUCCGCCUUACGUUUAGCUGGCAGAACACAAAGAGCAGAUGCCCUGGAAGUGCAUAAACCAAGAGGUCUCUCCUGUUAUCUUGUGAUAAAUGUGGUGUCUGAUCCACGCCGAGAUUUCCGAAGCCAUUUAAACAUCCUAAUAUAUUACGCCGCACCCCACUGGGAGCUUUUGACCGAACAGGGCGACAGAAUAAUGGUUAUCAGGGCGGCGGAGGGAAGAUGGAUGUGAGAUGAGCAGCACGCGGCACUAUAUCAGAACAGUCCAGACAGAGCAGAUGAAAGAGAUAUUUGGGCCUUUCUUCACCCCUUUUUUCAUGUUCUUUUUUUUACCAACCUGCUGCCGUGCCUGGGCCCCCUCGGGAAGACCGUGGGAAGCGAAGGCCACAGCGCCUUUGUUGGAAAGCGAAUAUUUUAGCGCCCGCGAAGGUUCCGGGUCACAGAAAAACGCCGCUGCUACUUUCAGCCUUGAUUUUCCAAUUUCAGCGUCGAAUGAAGAUCGGUACAAAAGGAAAAGCAGGUGAAUCUGCCCCCCCCCCUCAACCUUUCUGAGUGGAAAAGAAACAUGCUGUUUAUACAGACUUCGCCGUACAAUGUAGAUGUCACGUCGCGUCCCGUCAAGGCUGUCAGAGCCUGACGUAUCUGGGAUUCGGAACAGCUGCAUGGUUUUGAUGCCGCUUCUGAUCAUGGCUGUUGACAUCAUAGGUGCCUGGUGUCAGUUAUGCGUUCUCUGCUUGCAUUUCUGAGUUUACUAGUUAGAAUGUUGACGUUUUUCUUCUUUAUUGCUGUUUUUAUUUUGUUUGUUUUUUUGGAGAAUAGAUCGCCUCAGACCGGGAAGUGUAUGUAAGCGAGGUGGCUCGUAUUUUUGAUGUACAAUUAAUGUUUGGGGGGUAUUUGAG